AUGGCCUCAAACAAGGAGUCGAAGCCGAGAAGGAAGAGUUCUUUAUUGGGUAAGUCAAGGUUGGAGAUUCAUAAAACACGAAGGGGGAUUAUUUUAUUCGGUUUCCUGUUGUUUCAUUUUGUUUCCAUCAUAAGCCGGAGGAAAUGGCUAAAAAAAAGACGCGGAAAAACAGAAAACGCCCAAGUUGUAAACAACCCCAGACACGGACCCGGGGUGGGGCUGGGGAGCGCAAAAACACCCCUUGCCCCUUUCUUCCCCUUGCUUUCCCUCCCUCUGCUGUCUCUCCGUUUCGACUAAAGUUCACUCAACGUUUCUCUGCACUUUCUUCUUCUCUCUCGUCCCCUUAGGGCGUCGGGGGACGUGUGGUUAGUAUUGGCAGCAAAGGUGCGUCGUCCUCACGCCGGAACGGCGGUCAUUCUAUUGCCAUUUAGAUGAUGGUAAUGAUUAGAAAUUCAGAAAUUAAUGGUCUGCCGUCAUUUGGGAGGGACUCGGGGGCAAUUCAAAGGGCCAUUUUCUCAUAAGCAGAAUCCCUUCCUUCGACAUCGAUUUCUAAAGUAAACAACUUUUAUUAUUUCAGACUGGUCCAGACUUUCAUCAACCGGGUUUGCUUCUUUUGCGGCCUCGCUGUCAUCACAGCCAUCGACCAAUCAGUUCGGUUCAAAUCAGUCGUUGAACAAGGACGUGGACAAGGAUAAUCUAUCCAUCAGCGCCAUGCCCCCUCCCAGUUCGGGAAGUAUCUCGAGUUCUGAGAGUAGUCGAAUUCAGCCGAUGAGUCAUGUCUCGAAACAUAAAUAUCGCCUGAGGUCAGAUGUUUGUCUGGCUGGAUGGCUGUUCAAAAGAGGGAAUCACAUCAAGAAUUGGAGGAAAAGAUAUUUUGUCCUGUUCAGAGAUGGGACCUUGUUGGGCUACAAGAACGAGGUGACCGACAACUUCGAGGAUCCUCUCAACGAUUUUACUGUCAAAGAUGUGCAGGUGAGUGGUGAUUUAAGAAAAGUCUUUGUUAUUAGAUUUUACCGGUGGGCAUUUUCCAAUUUCCCAAUCCUUAUUUAUUUUUUGGAACAGAGCAUGUUUUGAUAAGGCGCGCCUUACUUCGUAUUUUCGAAAAUACGGCAGCUCUACUACUGAGUCUUCAGGAAAAACAUGGCGAAAUCUAUUUGUGUCAGGGGGGGGCGAUUGCAAAAUAAAUUUUUGUUUGGGACGGCGAUGUCCUUUUGGGCGCGAUCAAGUUGUUUUUCCGUGCCGUUCUGUCGCCAUGUUUAUUGUUUUUCCCCCGCGCCACGACAAAACAGAAAACAAAAGAGUGCACAGUGCGACGACAUGGAUUGGGACCUUCCGCGUACAUCAACAAGGAUGGUGGAUAAUUGAGAUUGAUAACAUUAUUGGGGCCAUAAGAGAACAGUAGUCGGUCUACGAUCUUUGUUAUACAAUAUGUACUCGCUUCUACAGCCAGCUGGGGUCCCUCAAUUAUCCCCAUUAUAUUUAUUUGGCCCAAUUGAUUGUUUUUAGAUUGGUCAGAGCUGUUAUUCUCGCACGAUGACCGCCGUUCUGUUCUUGUUUUUUGUUUUUCCAGUUCUACUUCUGUUUUUCAAAAUAUACCUGGGUUUAUUAGCGUUCCGAUUCCGUAAACGACGUCUACGGUAGCCAUAUUUUACGAUUACGCAUGAAUCGAGAGCAUGGACCGUUGUAUUUACUCUUACCUUUACAGUAUCCUUUUCGGUUACUGUAAUCCUUGUUUUCAAAAAUAUUUUAAAUCAGUGUUGUUACCCUUGGAAGAAAAGAGAAUUCUCGAGGGUCGCGCGUCGUAGCAGGCGAUUGGCUUGAGCGAUAAACAACAACAGAAGGGCUGUGGUUGUUGAUGACGACAUGACGAUCAUCAUACCCCAUAGGCCAUCACAAAAAUAUCCGCUUGUUUUUUCGGGGAGGGCGAGGGGUGGGUCUGUUGUCGGGGCUGGUCAAAUCUUACGGAGAAAGCAUGGCAUUCACAACAUGGCUUGAUUCUGUGAGGUUGUAAUACUUUCUGAUUCCCUGCAUCAGUCUCUAAAGUAAUUUUAUUUCAGGUAAUGAGAGCCGAGAAACCCCGACCGAACACUUUCCUGGUCAGAGGUCUCCAAUGGACAUCAGUCAUCGAACGGAUCUUCUCCACCCAGACUUCAGAAGACCGAGAAAUGUGGGUUGAAGGCCUGAGGGCAGUAGCCGCUGCAAUUAAGAGUGAUCCCAAUGGCCUGGGAAUGAUGGAUGUCACCCAACUACCCAUCGAUUUCCAACCUCGGAUGCAGAUGGACAUGAAUUCAGCAUCAGCAUCGACUUCCGAGACUUCUGGCACGACUGUGGCUGAUGCCGGAGCAAGACAACAAAAAGAGCAAGAACAACAAGACGCCAUGGAGAUCGGAGAAGUUGACAUUAGGAACAGGGAGAACGAACACUCUUUGAUCACACUGAACGACUUUGAAUUUUUGAAAGUCUUGGGGAAAGGAACCUUCGGGAAAGUUGUUUUGAGUCGAGAAUUAAGAACGAAUCGAUUAUAUGCCAUUAAAAUUCUGAAAAAAGAGGUUAUAUUGGCCAAGGACGAACUCCAACAUACCAUGACUGAAAACCGAGUGCUUCAACGAUGCAAGCACCCCUUCCUCACCGAGCUAACCUACUCCUUCCAGACGGUGGAUCGGCUAUGUUUUGUAAUGGAAUUCGCUAUUGGAGGCGAUCUCUAUUAUCAUUUGAAUCAAGAAGUUCAGAUCAAGAAGGAAGGUUUUACGGAGGACCGAACCCGCUUCUACGGAGGCGAGAUCGUAUUGGCCUUAGGUUAUCUACACGACAACAACAUUGUCUACCGAGAUCUCAAGCUGGAAAACUUAUUAUUGGAUCGUUACGGACAUAUCAAAAUUGCUGACUUUGGGCUUUGUAAAGAAGAUAUUGCCUUUGGGGAUCGAACACGGACUUUUUGCGGGACUCCAGAAUAUCUGGCUCCAGAAGUGCUGGACGAUAAUGAUUAUGGGAGAUCGGUGGAUUGGUGGGGUCUGGGAGUGGUCAUGUACGAGAUGAUGUGUGGACGAUUACCGUUCUACUCCAAGGAACAUGAGAAAUUGUUCGAAUUAAUUUUAUCCGGGAAUAUCCGAUAUCCAUCCAAAUUGAGUCAAGAAGCGCGACAUUUACUCAGCAAUCUACUUGUCAAAACUCCUGGUCAACGGUGAGUAAUUUGAUUUUACUACGCAUUACUUUCUCGAGUUGCGCAAUACUGAUGACUUUUGUAUUUUGUUUGGCUAAGAAUGACAUUUUAGUCUCGGCGGAGGUCCGAAUGAUGCCCGAGAUAUCCAAGCUCAUCCAUUCUUCAGGAAUGUUGAUUGGGAGAUGUUAUACCGAAAAGAAAUCACACCUCCGUUCAUUCCACAGUUGAGUUCGGAUACGGACACUUCUUAUUUUGAUGCGGUAUGUAUUCGAAUAUCCUUUGAUGACUUUAAAAUCACGAAGGAUAAUAUUUCCGGUCAUUUCAGGAGUUCACUCGAGAGAAUGUCCAGCUGACGCCUCCAUUACAUCGAGAUGGAUCUCUGUCCGUGGUCAGUGAAUUGGAAGAAAUGCAACAAAACUUUGUCCAGUUCUCCUUCCACAAUGUGUAUCAGAGUCCCGAGGAAGACGAGAUGAUGAGAGCCAUUCCCCACAUCCCCUGA